AUGCUGGCUUCGAUGCAGCUUUCCUUGCUUACUGGCUUCUUGCUACCAACCUGCUUGGUUGGAGCGGUUUCGCAGCAGGAUGUGCAGCAAGCUGUCGACAGGCUCGAUGAUCUCAUUCAGUCUGUGCUCAAUGACACAGAGGUCCCCAGUAUCGCCGCUGCGGUCGUCUACAAUGACUCUAUCAUUUACGCCAACGCCUUCGGAGUGCGGGAAGUGGGAAGUAACGAGUCAGCGACACCAGAGACCGUGUAUCAAUUGGCAUCUCUCUCAAAACCAAUCAGCUCGACCAUAGUCGCCCAGCUUGUUAGCGAUGGCUAUCUUGACUGGUCGUCUAAAACCAAUGAGCUUGACUCGACGAUCGAGCUCUCAGACCCCUGGAUCACACGGGAGGUCACUAUCGAGGACCUCUUUUCUCAUCGCAGUGGAUUGUUUGGUGGCGGCGGCGACGAUCUAGAAUCAUUCAACUACAAACGCUCGGAGAUUUUGUCAAGGAUGAAGUACCUGCCCGACAGGCUCUUUCAGGAUUACAUAUCAAUAUAG